UCUCUAUAUCCUAAAGGUACAACGUUCACUCUCAAAGAACCUUCCAUGGACCUUCCCAAGCUCUCAUAGAUCCGAACCUUUAUAAAUCUUCUCCGCAACUGUGUUUUCCACUUCAUUCUUCAGCUUUCACUCUCUAAAACCUUCUCUCUGACUCAGAAGCAUUUCAAGUCCAUUAAUCAUAUUAUCAAAUGUCAGGUUUUGAUUACAGCGACAGUUUAAGCUCAUCUGAUUCCGUUAAUAACGGCGUUAACACACCGGUUUUCUACCGGAACCCGAGUUUCAGCAACGUUAUAUUAAACGACAGCUGGAGCGAUCUGCCGUUAAGCGUCGACGAUUCGCAAGACAUGGCUAUCUACAACACUCUCCGCGACGCCUUCAGCUCCGGAUGGACCCCCACCGUCCCUCCCGUCGUCUCAUCUCCCGUGGCUGUGGAGGAAGAGAAGCCGGCGACGGCGGCGAGUGGAUCACACGCGCCGAGGCAGAAGGGAAUGCAGUACAGGGGAGUGAGGAGGAGGCCGUGGGGGAAAUACGCGGCGGAGAUCAGAGAUCCGAAGAAGAACGGAGCUAGAGUUUGGCUCGGGACUUACGAGACGCCGGAGGACGCGGCGGUGGCUUACGACCGAGCGGCGUUUCAGCUCAAGGGAGCGAAGGCUAAGCUGAAUUUUCCGCAUUUGAUUGGGACUUGUAAGUACGAGCCGGUUAGGAUCAGGCCUCGCCGUCGCUCGCCGGAGCCGUCUGUUUCGGAUUACUCGUCGCCGGAGCAGAAGAGUGUAGGACACGUGGAGGAGGGAGAGUCUAGAUUCGUAGUUCCCGAGUUUGAUUUCACGGUGGAUCAGUUAUAUUCGGGUGGUAGUUAUUUUACGGAUCAAACGUCAUAUUCCUAUUUCUGAUAAUGGUUAAUGAUUUUAAUCAAAUAAAGAUUAUCACUAAUUUGUGUGUUAGAGUGCUUUUGUUGAUGGAUGAUACGAUUUGAUCAUAUGUAUUAUGUAAUGUGAUGGAAAAUCAAUAUGGACUUUUUUGUUUGUUUUCUUUUCCUAAUUCGAUGCUACAGUAAAUGUAUAAUCAUUAAU